UCUCUAGUUCACAUUUUUGAGGGUUUGAGUGACAGCCGAAAGGCAGGAAAGAAAACACAGAGGAGGUACCAAGAGCAUCAGGAGUGAGUCGUUUAUGGCAAGAGCGCGCACCCAUCUACUCACGUUACCCCGCCUAUUUUCCGAUUGGCUUCCACAUGGCCGAUAUAACCCUGAGGCUUAUUUGGUACAGACUCGGGGAAGUCAGAGAAAAGAUGGCGGAGACUGGCCGUACUUGGUACACGGAGCUCGAUUUCGAUAGUUAUGUUUUGGAUUUAUUGCUGUUAGGCUGGUGCACGCUAUGUUUCAUUGUCAUCUUAGCUGUCAAUGCCAUCGUGGCGGCAUUUGGGCCUUUGCAAAGGCAACCCCGAGAGAAAUUCCGUGAAACGAAAGAUGGGGAGAUUAGCCUGACCGGUGCCGUCCUGCAGUUGGAAACAGCCCAGUGGUUCAACAGUGCCGUCAACUGGUUUUAUCUUCAUUAUUAUCAUGCUCCGGAAUUCGUUGAUGAAUGGGUCAAAUCUCUCAAUGAGCAAGUGGUCAAACUGGGGGGUCCAGUGCAGUGCAAGUUUGAGAGAAUCCAGUCAGGAAGUUUACCGCCAAAAGUUACCCAUGUUUCCUGUGAGGCUUCACCGCAAGACAGAUUUAUUAUCCAUGCCAAACUGGAAUCCAGAGAUUUAUCCUUUGUGGUGUUUGCAAGUCAACAGACACAUGAAGGGGUUAAGUUGACCAACUGUACGGCCAAUGUCCUCAGGCUCAAGGGAACUCUGAGGAUCCAGUCCUACAGAGAAGGUGCUGAUGUCAAAGUCAGCUUUAACUUUGAAGGCAAACCCGAGAUACAAGUCCAAGUUAAACCUCUCAACCCGUAUCAGGAUGCUAAUGAGCUGGUAGACCUUGGUGUGGUUGAAGCGAAUGUGCGUAACUCAAUGAUUUUGGCCAAAACCACUGUAACAGUCACCCACCUUCUUAUGCCUGGAGACCUACACACAGUCAACCAUGACUUUGGAGGUCAUGGUCAUGAUAAAGGAGGUCAGGACCAAGGCAAAGGAAGCAAUUUACCAAGGCCAAGCCCCCAGCCUGACACUUACAAUCAGCAGAAACCAAAACCAGCUUCCCCGAGCUCUGCCCCCCAACAAGCGCCACCACAGCAGCAGAAACUUCAGGAAGAUGUGUCUGAGGAGAUUGUUGUGUCUGCAGUCAUCCCCACCAACAACAAGGCUCCCCCCAUUCACAGCAUAUCUGUUCAGAAUGAACCUGUCCAGAGUAUCCCUAUCUACCCAGUCAGCCGCCAGACCCAACAGCAACAGAUCCAACAGCAACUGCAACAUCAGCUGCAGCAGGAGAUCAAACAGGUGCCAAGGAGAGACCAGCAGCGUGUUAGGCCCCAGUCUAGACCUGAGGGUGUCUUUGAACCCGUUGAAGCUUUAAAUUUGUCUAGCUCUCUGUACACACCUUCUGCUCCCAAACCUGUCCGCAUGGUAGGAGAUAAACGUCUGCUGGUCAAGGUUAUCAAGGCCAAUGGAUUACAUUUGAAGGAAGUUGUAGGUGCUGCCAACAUUGUGUGCAUGUUGUCCACUGAUGAGCCUGUCCAGGGCUACAGCACAAGUGUGGUGAAAAAUACACAGAACCCAUUUUGGGAUGAACAUUUCCUAUUUGACAUUACCCAGGAGACACAGGAAGUCAGAGUGGAGGUGUAUGAUAAAGACAAGCCAAGUGGAGAUGAAUUCAUCGGUGAGGCCAUUGUGUACGUGGAAGACUUACGUAAAACUCCAAGCAGUCGCCAGAUCUUGAGACUUCACCCCCAGCCUGAAAACUUUGAAUACAAUGUGGGAACUGUGACUGCAGAAUUUCUCUUCAUGGAUCCCGCUGAAGCUGACCUACUUCUGGACUCAAUGACCACCACUUCAAACAAUCAGCUGUCCCCUCGCCGUCGCAUUGAGAUCGCACAGACUGUAACACCUGGGGGCACAGUGGUCACAAAGACAACCACAACAACCCAGAAACCGCAGUACGGACGCCAUGACCCAGGCCUGGAUGGAUCACCAAACUACAUAGAGAAGAACGUCUAUGCUGAAGAGUCUCCAAGGCUUUCUUACAAUGAAACUCCUUCCAAUUUUUCUUCAGAGCCGAAGAUAAACAAUGGUCAGGAUACAAGGGGAAACCUCUCCCUCACGGCUGCAGCACUGAGGGAUAUUCAGGACAGGUCGUGGCGACCUCGCUCGCAUGCAAAAUCUAGCACUAUUAUUAUUACUGGGGUUAAGAGGCGGGGCUCAUCUCAUAAGGCAAAGACCAUUGAGAGUCCACCCCUUGAAGAUACAAUGGAUGUCUCCAACCAACAUCAAUUAAACCAACAGUAUAACCAGCAGCCACAGCCAAUAGCUUUGAAAGAUAAAAAGAAAGGUGGUUUCGGCAGUGCCAUUCUGAAAAAGUUUGGUCGUAAGAAGCGUGCGCAAAGUGCCGACCGCACAUUGAGCAUGCGGGAGGGGGCCUACCUGAGACCCCCAGAGCCCGCCUAUGGACCCCAGUCUAAAGAUGAUUUAGAGCUAGUUAGACCGCAGUUAAAUGACACAGAUGCAGAACCUUCCCCCAACUUGAAGAAAUCCAGAACCCUGGGCGGGAGCCUAAAGAAGCUGUUUAGACGAAGCCGCAAACAGUCCAGGACACGCGGAGAUUCAAGGGAAAGCUCCAUGUCCAGAGGCUCUCGCUCAAAAGGCCCCUCAAGGGACAGCUCGCUCACCCGUCAAAGUCAAAGGGAGAAUGAGCUGAGGGCGUCAUCAGUGUCUUGAGAUCACAUAUCUGUCGCUUAGAUAAUUUAUGUAACGUCUAGGGAUAUCAUUUCAUUUGUCAAUUUUUACAUCUGUUUCCUGAGUGUAGGUUAUGAUUGAAUGGUUGGCUCUUUUUUUUUUUUUUUUUAUGUGGCUAAGCUCUCUCAGUCCAUACUGAUUGUUUUAGGAAGAUUAACUUGGAUGUACAAAAGAUAAUGGACGUGUCACAACAAUUUCAAAUCGAAAUGUCAUGAUUAUUAUCUUUAAAAUGAAAGAUACAAAUUAUAAUGGGCAUAGUUCUACACUUCAGAAGAAAGACUUUAAUUAAACAUGUGCCAAUGUGUACAUAAAUAUAUUAAAACUAUAUCUAUAUAUAAAUAUAUACUCCCCAUUCUGAUAUAUUUUUGAAAAGAUAAUAUAAAAGGAAGACUUCCUUUUUUAGAUAUUGGCUUCAUCCAUGCCAACAUCCAUGCUCUCUGGGUUUGUUUGAAAGCUGAUUAUUCAAACUGUGUAUUUGAAUGUACUUGUGAUGUUUGCUUAGUUUUGUGCAAUCUUGUUUAAGGCAGAUAUACCGGUAUUUAUUUGUGAACAAGUGGAAUGAGCAUUAAUAUUGAACUGGACAGCAGAGAAUCUAUGAUCUUCACUUUGCUCCUUUUUUUGAAUUUUCAUCUCGUAUGUCUGCGGCUUAAGGCACUCUCUUACUGCACGGCUUGUAUUUGUUAUUGUACUGCUAUAAUUUGUCAUUUAUUUACAGUAACAAUGUAUAUUUUUGUUUAUAUUAAUGUAAUUUUUUGUUUAUAAGUUGAUAUUAUGUUUCAACCCCCAAAAAUAUUUGUUUCAACUUUUACUUCAGUACUUGAUUCCAAAACUUUAUUUAGCUUCUCACUAAUUGAAUAUCCCAGCCUUUAUAUUUUUUUUUUAGCUUCACUUUCGCCCUUGCCACCCAACUGACAAAUUCACUAAUCAGUUUGAUUUUGACUAGCUCACUUGCCAGCUUUGGUUGUUGACCACAGUGGCUGCCCAUGUGAUCGUCUCCCUUAAUGAUGUUUUUGUUUUUCGAAGUAUAAAAAAAGCAAUGAAAGGUUGCACCAAGGGCAUGCUUCCUUUUCUAUUUAAUCACAAGGGACACGUCACUUUUUGAGGGUGAUGAAACUAUCAAACAACAUUGUGCAUUCUCUUUCAGUUUUUUUUUUGUUUUGUUUUUAAACUUGGUUAUAGCUGCAUUUUAUUUUGUUUUAACUUUCCUGCAUGUUUGCAUUUUCUCGACGUAUAGAUUUUCUGGAUGUCUGAAACCUUAAAUGACCACUACCACUUGUUCUAUUGUUAAAUCUGUGAACUAGCUCUGUCUCUAGUUUGGUUUUGAAGGUUACCCUGCAAGAUGCACUAAACAAAAAUAAUUCAAAAAAUAAAAAGUUACUACUGCUUUGACACAUUCUAUAAUUAAUGUUCAUAGAAAUGUUACUCAAGACUUCACUUACUAAGGGAUUUACUAAUUUUCAGGAUAUACAAUUAUAAUGUACGCUUUCUUUUUUGCCUUUGGCACAAUAUUUAUCAUUUAUAGUAUCUAUAUAUGUGUCUUCAAUUCUGAAGAUUAAAGAGAGUAGUAUUUCAAUAGGCCUUAAAGAAAUACAAAUCAAUUCUUAUAGAUGAGAAAAGAAAUAUAGUUUUAGUUAACCUGGGCCUGAGGCAUGUUAUGGAUGAAGUCAGUAGAGCAGAAUUUAUGAUAAAUUUUAGUAGUGCUAUCGCAUUGUGCAAAUCUGUGUAAGGAUUAGUUUGAUGCUAUUUUCUAUAUGAAUGUAAGAACCUCUGUGAUGUCCUGAUGCAGUCACCUAUACAGUGCCUACUAUCAACCAUCCUGUGAUGUUUCUCUUUGUGAUUAUAAUCUAUAUGUACUUAACCUCAUCUAGAUAUAAUUAAAAGAAACCAAUUUAUUUCCCCCUAGUUUAUUCCCUCCCCUGAUUUUAGCUACCAAGUACCACCAUCCCUCGAAAGUUCAAUUGUUUUAAUAUCAGGGUAAAAUUUCUAUGCAGAAUUGUUUUUUCUUUUACAUUGAAUAUAGUAUAUGCUUUUAUAUUAACAAAUGGUCAAAGAGCUUGUGUAUAACCUAAAAAUUUGAAUUUACACCUAAAUCAUUUCAUGAAUCGUCCAAAGUCUUUUUUUUUUGCUCAAUCUGAUCACCAGUAGAAGACACCAUAUUUCUGGUCACAUAUCAAUCAACUCUUUUUUUAAACUUCAGCUGAACUGAAUUGCUUGAUUUGAAUCACUCGCUUUAAUUGAUAUUUUUGUAGUUGAUGUUUUUCUGUUUCAUAUCAAAUCAAUCAAAGCUCAUUAUUAUUUAUUGUUGUAAACCUUUCGUUUUCUUGGAGUGGACUAUAAAACUGAAACAGUUUGAAUUGUGCAAUGUCAGCCUGCAGGCCACUGUGGGCUGUUUUAAGUUACUCAUUUUUAAUUUUAUUGUGAUGAAUGGGUUUUUUUUUUUUGUGUCUUUUUGUUUACAUUAUUUACAUUUCAGUUGAGAUUUUUAUUUUUUUUUGUUGUGUUCUGUGUACUUUGCUUUAUAUCUGGAGUGACAAUUAUUCUGGACAGGACAGUUUUGUGUUACUAAGUAUAUAUUUCAAAACAAUAGGAAUAGCUUUAGAGCUAUUCAUGGAAUGAUAUUACUUUACAGACUUCUAAGUGGCUGGCUGCCUAAUUGUGCGGUAUGCGCACUGGACUGUUGCUCAGUCAUCUCGAUGGUCUAGAUUUAUACCCUGCCAUCCUCCAGUCAUCCUGCAGGAGGUUAGGACUAGGAAGUAGAUUAUCUUCAACUGUGAUGGAACAUGCGAAGCAUUUAACAUUUUAAACAAAAUGCCAGUAAUCCAACAGAAUUCAGAGCCACAACUUGUGAUAACCAAUAUUAUACCACACUAACAUUUAAAUGUCUACUAAAUGUGGUAAUUAAAGUUGCUGCAGAUGCCCGCAGCUGACAAGUCAGAAAGAUAUAUAUGCCAAGUACAUGUGUUUGUGUGCACAUCAAGAAAUGUUUAUUUAUCCUGAAGCUCAAAUACAUAAAUUUCAAAUUCGUCCUAAACUAAGCAUAAACAUGCAAUUUGUUUCAUAAUAGUCUUAGUUGCCUAGACUGAAGCUUCUUAGACUCAUUAACUUGAUUGUAAUGGUCAUAAUGUACGUCGCUAAACAGCUUUGAAUCUAAAUCAUAGAUUUUCCACACAUAUUGAUGAGUUGUGCUGAUUAUAGAUUGUCUUUGAUUUCUCAACUAUACAAUAAUGAGUUGCCUAAUACUUUUCUGUAUUUCACAUUCAAGGAUCUAUGGUAAAUGUGGUCAAAAAUUAUUUUUCAUUUUUACUGAUUUGUAAACUCUUUGAUUUAUUUUCAUGAGAACUAUAAUUAAAAUAACAAACAUCCUAGAGCCCUUGUAUUUGAUUUUUAAACCUCUGAAAUAAUAGGUUAGUCUUAGAACUGUCAGGUCCUGUGAAAUUUACUUCACAUGAUGGUUCUGAGCUCAAAUCUUGCCAACUUCCAUUCCCUGCUCCUCUGCAGGUUUGAACAGGAUGUAAUCAUCUCUAUUACUAAAAGAACACCCAAAACUUGUAUAAACAAAAGUGCUAAUCUAUAGAGAAAGUUCUAUACUUUGUAGUAACUUGUUUAAAAUCUGUGUAACAAAGACUUGAACAGAUAGGCCACAUUCAACCAUUGUAAAUUCAAGUAACCUAUUCUUGUUGUGUGAGAUACAUUUUUGUUUCAAUUUUGUACUUAGUUGUAGCCCCUGAUUCAUUAGAUAUAGCAACCUUAUUAGUUUUUAGCCCUGUGACCCUUGAACUGGCCACUUUCUUGAUUAUCAACACAAUAUUAUUUGUUGUGCUUUUAUAUUUCUUGCUACUCUUGUGUUAUUUUUCAUGGCAUAACUUAUUGAGUGUUUUUAUGUUGUUUCUUUAUACUAAAGAUUUUUGUAUUUAUUUUCUGCUUCAGAACUUUAAAAAAAAAAAAAUAAAAUACAUAAUUGCUGCCUUAAUUUACUUUGUAUUAAAUUAUAACUUGUACAAUUUUUUUUUUGCUGAACAAUUCUUCAUGGUAGAUAAUAUUUUGACAAAUAUUUUUGUUUACCAGUAUAACUUUAUCGUAAUUCCUAUUGAACAACAAUAAAGAAUUUUUAGUUGAACUAGCUUGAGGGGCAAGAAAAGAACAAUAAUGUUUCGCUCCAUUAGCUUGAUCAUCUGAAACAUUUAUAAUUUAAAUUUGGAUAUAUUUAAAUUUUGGUCUGUAUGUGAUUGUAUGUUAUUUUAAUUUAUUUUGUUUUUUUUAUCUUGUUUUACUUUUUAUCUAGUGAAUUAAAUCAUAAAUAUUUCUGAAA